AGCAGACCCGAGAGGCAGCAGGUCGGGAGUGAACCUCGUUGCCUCAGCCUCAUGCUUCGUCUCGGGGACUUUUACUCCUCCAGUCGGCUGGUGAAGUCAUUGUGAUAUUUAUUUAUAUAUAUAUAUAUUAUUUGUAUAACUUUAGUUAGAAAAAAGUUUAGAGAAAUGGGGGAAGAAGAGAAGGGAGCCCUGGUCAUGGGGCUGUAUUGCAUGGAGUCGGACACAGCCGUGAAAGCCAAGCCUGACCCAAACAUCCUCUAUGAUGACAGAGUGCUGCAGAGUUUAUUAACUAUCGAGGAGAGUUUUUUACCUCAGUGUUCGUAUUUCCAGCGGGUCCAGAAGGACAUUCAGCCUUAUAUGAGAAAAAUGGUUGCAGACUGGAUGCAUGAGGUUUGUGAGGAGGAAAACACCAACCAAGAUGUCUUCCCUUUAGCCAUUAAUUAUUUGGACAGAUUUUUAGCAACCAUGCCCACAAGAAAAAACUAUUUGCAGCUUUUGGGUGCUGUGUGCAUCUUCCUGGCCGCCAAGCUGAAGGACUGCAGGCCUCUAUCAGCAGAGAAGCUCUGCGUUUACACAGACAACUCCAUCACACCACGAGAGCUGCUGGAUUGGGAACUGGUUGUCCUGGGGAAAUUGAAGUGGAACAUGGCCUCAGUCAUCCCCAAUGACUUUAUAGAGCACAUCAUGCGCCGGCUGCCCCUUCCCAAAGACAAGCAGGCAAUGGUCCGUAAACACACGCUGACAUUCAUCGCCCUCUGUGCCACAGAUGACCGCCUCGCCAUGAACCCUCCCUCCAUGAUCGCCACCGGCAGCAUGGCAGCCGCCAUCUGCGGACUGCAGCUGGACCACACUGACCAGAGGCUGAGUCGAGACAACCUGACGAACCUGCUGGCUAAGAUCACCAACACUGAAGUGGACUGUUUGAGGGCGUGCCAGGAGCAAAUCGAGCGUGUGCUGGCCUCCAGCCUGCAGCAGGGCCAGCAGUACGGGCCAGAGACCGGCAUCAGCGGCGGCAACAAGUCAAGGGAGCAGCAGGAUCAGUCCAGCACCCCCACUGACGUGCGUGAUGUCAACUUAUGAGCUCCCAUCGCCGCCUGACUCGGCCAACGCGUGCCUGCUUACCAAUGAACUGACAGGAGCAUGAGGCUGGGAGGAGAGAGGGGGGCAUGAGCUGCCAGUAUCAAUUUUAAAAUACCCCCCUUCAGCGAUGGCGUGACAAUCUAUGAACUUUUAGAAAAUAAGAAAUUAGUAGUUUUUCUCCUUUGUUUUGUUUUUUUGCCCCAUUCACACCUGGUUUGGGUCUAUUUUCACCUAUUUUUGUACAUGUAACUUGUAACGAAACAAGCUAUUUAAGAAAAGAAACAGACUUGAUAGUGCCUUAGGUGUCAAAACGGCAACCUGAAAAUAUUUUUCAUACUUGAAAAUUGCAUAAAUAUAUGAGAUAUAUCGAAUGAUGUACAUUUAGCCAGCAUUUAUAACUCUUUAACCAACUUUAGUUAGUAGUUAUCAAUUUAGUUUUACUGGCAAUUUCCAUUACUUGGAAAUCCACAUAGCAGUAAUUAAAGCAGGGGAGCGGAUUCGUAGCUAGCUGCUCCAUCUAUCAUACUGUGCACCUGUAGCACUGCUUAUUAUUUAUGCAGAGGAGUGCUGGUGAGUGAGUGGGCUGUGCCUGCUCACAGAGGAAGGAUGUGAAAGGAAACAGGUCUGAGUUGUGGAGCUGCCGUUUCCAAAAGCUGUUGAUUCCUUGGAGUGGCGUCUGAAUUUACCAUGGCCACCUGUGUUGUGUUGUCGGAGCGGUUAUAAGUGUAAAAUAGUUUGUUUGGAAGGGGUUUAGCGUUCAUAGUUUUUUAAAACACAAGGAUUUGCAAGUUGUCUAAGAGUGAACAGCUGUGUUUCUAGAAGUGGAGGGUAAAAGAAAGCCGGUGGAAAGUGGAUUAAAAAGUGUGCAAAAAGUAUGGGGUGCAAAAAAAAAUGCAAAGUGAGGAUGAGAGGAUUCUUUUAAGCUUUAUAUUUCUGCAGGAUUUUUCUCUUGCAGGAAAUCAGAGUGACAGGAGGAGAAAUGGCUCAUUUUUGUUUCUCCUGUUAUCAAUUACACCAUUGGUCCUUCUGUAGAGAGGGCGACAUGGAACGAUAUUGAUGCACUUUUAAAACACACUCCUUAAGUUUCGGUAAGGGGAUGGUUUGCGAGGAAAAGUUAGGAGUCAUUUGUUUUUGUUCUAUCUUUUCUUUUAAGUUAUUUGUUUUUUUUCCUGGGCUGGAUUCCCAUGGGGCGAAGCAUGUUGUCUUGAAUGCUUUGCCUCAGUUGGUGAAUAGACUUAUUGAAAAUCACCCUCCUAAUGUAAAAGUUUGUAAACCAAGGCAAGCCAAUCAGAUUUAAGUCUGCUUGUGUAAUCCUAAACUUGAAUUUAUUUCAUUUUCAGAUCAUUUAGCCCCAUCCCAUUAGAUCCAAUAGUUACAUCUCUAUGUUUUGUGUUGAUUUCUUCUUUUAACUGCAGUUUAAAGGCAGCCCUUUUUUUUUUUUUGUAAAUAAAUAAAAAAAAAUAUCUCUUGAUAAACAAAAAUGCUU